CAAUGACGACCCCCCUAACAACCAAUCUAACUCCAUGUGCUUUUUCUCCACUCUGUUAAUCAAAAAAUUAAAAAUCUUUUUACCCCGAAUUAUGGAACUAAGCAAGAAAACUGAACAAACACGAAUUGCGUUUAGGACAGUUUUGUCUAUAAUCACAACUCAUCAACAACUAGUAAUCUUUUGACAAAUGUUAAAAACAGAAUUGGAGAUUUUGUCAACCACUUGCAUUGCAUUACCCAUCACUCUCUGUACUGUACUCACAUAAAAAGAGGGGAAACAAAUAACAAGGAAAGAGCGAUCAGAUUGCAGUUCGUUCUUUUAUGGAAUCUGUAAUGCACAGAUAAAAUCUCGGAUCUAGAAUUUUGUUCUUAUUGACUGUACUGUGUGGUAUAGGUUUAGUAAGAACAUGACUGUUCCAGUGGUCUCUCUUUUGGGUUUUCUUUCUUUACUUUUGGUGUCUAGUACUGCUACAUCAGAUCAAGGGAGAGAUAGGAUCAAGGAAUUACCUGGUCAGCCAAUCAACGUUGGCUUCUCUCAGUACUCUGGAUAUGUGACUGUUAAUGAGAGAGCUGGACGAGCUCUAUUUUACUGGUUGAUUGAGUCACCGACCAAUCGGAACUCCGCAUCGAGACCACUGGUUCUAUGGCUUAAUGGGGGACCUGGUUGUUCAUCUAUUGCGUAUGGAGCUGCAGAAGAAAUUGGACCUUUCAGAAUCAAUAAAGAUGGGAAAACACUCUACUUGAAUCAAUACUCUUGGAACAAAUUGGCGAAUUUGUUGUUCCUCGACUCCCCGGCUGGUGUCGGAUUCUCCUAUACAAAUACCACAUCUGAUUUGUAUGAUUCUGGUGAUAAAAGAACAGCUGAAGAUGCAUAUAUAUUCCUUGUCAAAUGGUUGGAAAGGUUUCCUCAGUACAAGCAUAGAGCUUUCUACAUUGCAGGAGAAAGUUAUGCAGGUCACUAUGUUCCUCAGUUGUCUCAAAUUAUACAUGAGAGAAACAAGGGAAUUCAGAAUCCUGACCUUAAUUUUAAGGGUUUCAUGGUCGGCAAUGCAGUUACUGAUGAUUAUAACGAUUAUGUGGGUACUUUCGAGUACUGGUGGACUCAUGGAUUGAUUUCCGAUUCUACCUAUCAAACACUAAAGGAUACCUGUGAUUUAGGAUCUUCAGAGCAUCCUUCGGUUGAAUGCACUAAGGCUCUCAGCACGGCAGAGACAGAACAAGGGAAUAUUGAUCCGUACAGCAUAUACACACCUCCCUGCAACAAUACCGCAGCUCUCCGCCGCAGCUUAAGGGGACAUUAUCCUUGGAUGACCAGAGCAUAUGAUCCCUGCACAGAACGACAUUCAAAGGUGUACUUCAAUCAUCCUGAAGUGCAAAAAGCAUUUCAUGCCAAUGUUACUAGGAUUCCCUAUGCUUGGGAUACUUGCAGCGACACCGUUGGAGUAUAUUGGGAUGAUUCACCUAGAUCCAUGCUUCCUAUCUAUCAAGAACUUAUUGCAGCUGGCCUCAGAAUCUGGGUAUUCAGUGGAGAUACAGAUUCAGUAGUGCCUGUAACUGGAACUAGAUAUUCAGUCGAUGCUCUCAACCUACCUACUUUGCAGAACUGGUAUCCCUGGUAUGACAACGGAAAGGUUGGUGGGUGGAGUCAGGUAUACAAAGGACUCACAUUUGUAACAGUGACGGGUGCAGGGCAUGAAGUUCCACUUCAUCGCCCUCGACAAGCUUUCAUAAUGUUCAAUUCAUUCUUAGGCAAUAAACCUAUGCCACACUCAGCCAUCUAGUCCAAGCUCCUCUUUUCAAAUGAGCAUAUAGUCUAUCAAAAAAAACAAAGAGCUUCUUACAAGAAUCGAAAUAAAAAAAAUAAGAAGAGGAGUGCACGCAAACGCUAUCAAGUUCAUGGCUCUUGAUGAACGGAUUAGCCUCCCGAUGCUUUAGCUCUCAUUGAGCAACUUUUAAAGAUUUAUCAAUUGGUGAUUAUUGUUGUGCAGAUUCAUGUAAAUAAUUCGCAUGAAAUUCAAGAAAUGGAUUCGUGGUCAUUCAACUGUAUCACGAAAUGGAGUUAAUGUAUUAUGCCAUUUUCAUAUGUAACAAUUCUUUGCUAGA